AUGGCAGUCAACACUUUACCACAUGAAGGAAAACAUUACUUGGCUAAAUUCAUUACCCAGAGGCGAUGGAAACGUUCUUCACACUCGCACGAGGAGUGGCAUGGAAUGCCACGAUGGGGUGAAGGGUAUGGAGAUCACGGAUAUCCGGGUAACCUUGGCUUUAUGGGUCCAGGCAACUUUGGCGGCUAUAACCCUUACGGAGAGGGAAGAUGGAAACGUUCGCCGUCUUCAUCUUCGCACGAGGGCUGGUAUGAGCAACCACGAUGGGGUGGAGGAUAUGGAGAUAACGGAUGGCAGGAUUCACGAUGGAAUGGAGGAUAUGGAGAUGACAGAUGGCAGGAUUCACGAUGGGGUGGAGGAUAUGGGGGCGACGGAUUGCAGGGUUUUCUUGGCUCUAUGAUUCCAGGCUUCUUGGGCGGAUCCAGCCCUUAUCGUUAUGGAGGCCGGAAAAAGUAA